UUUUUAAGUACCAAAAGGUUGAGAAAACAAGCCGUUUCUGACGAAAUUGCCCACGGGUGUGUCUCCGGGUGCCUGUGAGUAAGAGAGUAAAAAAAAAGAGAGAGAGAGAGAAAGCGAGCGAGGUGUGUAAUUGAGAAAAGGUGAGAACAGAGCGGAGCUGUACAGUUAAACGUUUGACAGGUGGAUUGAAAAGCCGCGCCACACACCUUGCGCUUUCUCCAUGGGCUCCGCGCCGCACGGCCUGCGGUCCAAAGGUCCUCUCCUCGUUUGGGGAGAGUGAAUAAGCUGGCUGUGCUUCCAGCGUCAAGAAAUCCUGUGGUUUUUUUUCUUGGCGUUUGUUCGCGCUAAGGUGAGGUGAGCAGAGCUGGGUCAGGUAGACUACACGCUUUCUACUUCGCGACCUGAAUUUCAAGUUUGACUUGUGGCGAGGCGGACAGGCGCUGGAGUUCUGGGGGAUUUUAAAGAAGACAGAUUUGUUUCUUUACAAUAAUAACCUACAAAAUAACAAGAAACCCUGGAGUACUGUGAAAUAUAACGCUGAGAACAUUUUGGAUGUAUAAAGUAGGGAGGAAAAAAGCAGUCGCUAUGAAUCGCCCAAGGCCGGGAGGCGCAGCUGUUGGCCGGACUGAGGGUCUUCUUCUCUUCUUUUUGUCGGCGGGACUGUUCGGCCCAGCUCUAGCAAACUUUGUGGAACCCUCAUCACAAUUCUCCACCUUUUCUGCUGUUCAAGAAGAGACAGCUUAUCUGCCAUGCAAGUUUGAACCUCAGCCAGGUCAAAAUAUCCAGCAGGUCUCCUGGUUUCGAGUGGAAACUGAGAAUAGUAAGAUUACGACAAAGGAGCAGAUCAUCUUGUUUCAUCAUCAGUUUGGCCAAGAAGUGUAUGAGCCUUAUGUUGGAAAAGCAAGUCUAGAAAAAGCCAAAGAGUCCCUGAAUGAUGCCACUCUUCUGCUCAGAAAGGUGGAGGUUAAAGAUGAGGGACAGUACCUGUGUCAGGUGGCAACUUUCCCAUCUGGCAACUUUGACAUAAUCAUGAAGCUCAAUGUUCUAAUAUCUCCAGUUUCCAGCUUGGAUCCCACUUUGCCACCUCUAACUGAAGGAUCUGGGAUUGUUGUUGUAGCGACUUGUACUUCUUGGGGUCGUCCUAAUCCUCUUCUCUCUUGGGAUACAAAGCUUAAUGGUGCAGUUGAAACCAGUAUUGCAGCUGGAGGAAAAGUAACAACAAAGUACUCUGUACAGCCCAACCGAGCUAUGAAUGGGAAACAGCUGGACUGCCUGAUCUCACACCCGAGUUUUCCAGAACCUCGAAGGAUUAAGUACAAUCUUGUUGUUCACUAUGCUCCUGAUGUGAAGCUUGAAGUCCAGCCAGACGACUGGUACUUGGGCAUGGAGGGAGCUUCAUUGAAAUGUAUUGGUACAGGAAAUCCUAACCCACACAAUUUCACUUGGAGCUGGGACAAUGGUGACCUUCCAAAUGGUAUAAAAGUAGACAAUGACACUAUGAAGUUCACACGACCACUGUUGCCCACUGAUGCCGGACGCUACCACUGUCAUGCAGAGAACAGAGCAGGUUCUGGGACCAGUUUUCGGCAGAUAAAUGUGGCAGAAUCUGCUGCAACAAAGGCUGACUUCAUCUCUUUGUCCAUCAUUGCUGCAGCAGUCAUUACAGCUGUCCUGCUGCUAGUUCUGUUCAUAUCUGUGUUUCUGCUGAACCGCUAUCACAAGAGGAAAAACAAGAAGUUAGAGAUGGAACUGAACUCAAAGAAUGAGGAGCUCUCCAACAUUUCAAGACAAACCUCCGUUAGAAGGCUGAACUCCAUAGGCACAGACCCCAGGUCGCAGAAUGAUGAUCCUCUCAUUGGGCAUGUGGACAGUGCGAUGAGAAGCAGCAUGUCUUCUCUGGGGGAGAAUACCACCCACUAUCGAGACAGCCGUUCCACUGUAUCUGCAGGCCGAGGGUCAGACCUAAUAGGUCGCUCCCCCACUGCACCCCUUCUAAAGAAUGAAGAGGACAGGGAGCAAGAAGAAAACCUUCACAACAUUAAGAAAUGUGGAGAACCUCUGAUUCGACACUGCCAGAGUCGCUCAUCUUUUGGGGAUUGUUGCUUGCACCCUCCCCUUCACCCAUAUGCAGUUGGAAAUGAGCAGAGAAGUAACCGAAUGAUUGAUCAGAUCUGUGAACAGGAGAGGCAGCAAGAAAUCCUCAUGCAAAGCUCCUCUGAGCUUUCCAAAUUGAAUGAAGAAGGAUUUGUAAGAAAUAGUCACACUAGAGUCUCUCUUGGGGACCCCCGUACACAGCGACCUGCUCACCCUUCCCUUAUGAGAAAUGGAAAGCCCCCACUUUAUUCAUAUGGGAAACCAGAACGUCGCUCAAUGGACAAUCUUGAUGACAAUAACUACAGCCAGCAACUGCACGUGGAGACCUUCCAGCGGAACUGCCAUGGUCGCUAUUCAUUAAGGGAACAGUCUUUACCUCCUCCGCUAUACCCAACCCUACUGAGGAACAAGAAGCCAGGAAACUUGCAAAAUGAAAGGGCAAAAAAAAUGCAACAGUCUCAGGACAGUCUGGGGCCAGAGAAUUCAUAUGAGGAAACCAGUGAGGAAGGCGAUAAGGAGAAAGUUGAUGACCGGGAAACCGAGAGUUCUGGAAUCUCCGAGACAUUCACUAGCCACUUUCAUAUUGACAAUGGGACACUUCGACCUAAAACAGAAGCAAAUGGCAUGAUCCUCCCUCAAAGGGGUCAUCUAGUGUGAAAUGCCCCCACUUUAUAGUAGACUGUAAAAACUAUGGCAGCAUCCAUGAGAAAUGGUGAUUUUUUUUUUUUGACUUUUGAAGCCUGACAAAGUAACGGUGGUGAAGGGCAGAAGGCAUUGUUUUAAACAAAUCUGAACCUGUUGAAAUGUAUAAAUUAAAAUGCAUUGUGGCUGCCA